UGGGAAUAAGCAGAGACUGAUGGGAGAGUCGGACCCCUGCAGGCGUGCUGACCUGCUUAAUGGGCAACAAUGGAGAGACAGUGAGGACAAAAAAAGUUGCAAGGGGAUUCGACUGUGGACUCACGAACAUGUGCUUUUCAACAACAGAGGGGCAACCUGCGAGGUGGAAAUUUAUUAAUUCAAACAGCAUCUGCAAGGCUGCAACGUGUGUGUGACAUGCAACAAAGAGACAUGAACAAUGGCAGAGAGAAACAAGAGGAGAGCACCAGUGUACCGCAGCGUCUCUUUUAAAAAGUUGGGCUCAUGGGGCGCCAAUAGAAGCGAGGAGCAACCGGACAAAUGUGACGAUUUGGAGGCAGCCGGUGGCUCUCUUCCGUCGGAGCCAAGCGGGGUAGAGCAGCGUCAUGUCAGUGCGCCAAGAAAAGUUUCCAAAAUCUCUGCCACCACAACCGCCGCGACCGCAGAGCCAAAGAAAGCCUCCUCCGCCCCUCUCUCCUCCAUUUCUCCCUCUAUCCGCCAGCUCACCGAGAGAUUCAGCAGCAGUGGAGGCUCCGGGAGGACCCACGAAGCCUGGCCGGGAGACGGAGCAGCAGUGCCGCGUGGGAACAGCACUCUUCCCCGUUCUUCGUCAAAGUAUCAGGAUGUUGGUGCAGGAUACCCUCUGGACAAGUCUUUUCUAGACAAAGUACAAAAGUUUCACUCGGGCAUCGAGUCUGUGUCUGGCUCAGACUCUGAGAAAAAAAGUGAAAAGCGGACUUUUACAACCGACAACUCUGGUAAGAGAGAUUCUUUUUGCACCUCUUAUCCCCCGAAGACUUUUAGCAUUAACUAUGACAACGAUGCCACUAUUAGAGAACCUUGUAAAUCUAACAAAACCACACAUUUCAGUGAAUUUAUUCCCUUGAACGCUGAUAAAUGGCCAAGUGUGACCAAAAUAAGACAGCUGUUUGAUGAGAGACAAGGCAAGGCCACACAGCAGCUCAAGACUGACACGGACGACCAUUUAAACCAGGCUGGUGACCCAGAGAGCGACCAGCUUUUGGAUAAAAGCAAUAAACUUUCACCUUUCUCCUCACCUAAUGAAGCCACAACUUUAUCUUGGCCCGGGGCGAGCUUAGUUGAAGGGCAGAGCAUAAAGAGCACACUUUGUGACACUAUGGACUUACAUUCCAAAAUCUACCAGCAACAGUACUCGCUUGAUGAGGAGGCGAGUUUUAGUAACGAUAAAGUCAGAAAUAACUUUCACAACAGCCACAGCAGCAUUGGUAGUUGUUCUCAGGGUAGCCAAAAAAAUAACUCAUCUCCAUUAAGCUCAGAGGCAGAGUCUGCUUCUAAGACCCCCUCAUUGAUAGAGUUGACACCUGACCCCCACCCUGACCUUCAGACCUCUGCUACUACUUCCCGGAGCAGUUCCUCGAGCCGGGAUGCCUCCUCCUGCGGCUCCUUUCUUCAGGAACCGAUAGUGAGGGAGAGAAGGGUUAGACAGGGGGUCGGGCUGCCCAGGGAUAGUUUACAUUCCUUACAUAGCUCCUCUACAGCAGAGGCCUCCCCCUCCUUCUCCCCCUUGUAUGCUCCAGCUCCAGAUAAAGCCAUUACCUUCUCUACUGUAGCUCCCUCCACAGCCCAUGUAAGAGUUGACCCUCCGCGCAGCUCCUGCUGGAGGUUUAGCUCUGGAGACGAAGAGGAGGGGCGCAGCCGUAGAAAAAGAGGAGGUUGGAGUGGCCCCUCUCAUCCUUUGAUUGGUUAUUUAUCACACAGUAAAAAUGGCCGGUGGCGUGCCAAGGGCAUUGGUCGGUCUUCAGGCAGUGAGGAGGAGAGCCCUGGUUCUUUAGGCCCGUCCGCUCGAGAGGCAGUACGCCGCCGUUCUCUGAGAAAGAAGAAGCGGUUCUGUGGCCAUGAUGAAGAUAAUGAUGGCGAAUCGGAAGACAGCGACAGCGACAGUCCCUUGACCAUGGAGCACUUCGAUAGGCACCGCCAGGCGACCACAAGAGGAGAAUUUGUGCUGAGAUUAUCACGAAGCCACUCGGCAAGAGAAGCCACCAUUCAUAGUAACAGAGCCAAGGUGCAGCAACAUUGGGAGCACAUCAGCUCACCUGUGGCAUCCACAUCGCUUCCUGGUGUGUCACGAGUGUCAAAAGUCAACAUCCCCUCUUUUGUUCCCAGUCCUGGUGGCUCCCGAUGCAGCAGUCGAUAUUCCAGCACUGAGACACUGAAGGAGGAAGACCAGGCUAGCUGCACCAACAGGUUUUUUAACACUGCUAGAAAUGCGUCCUCGUCUGUGUUGAGCAAAACAUACUAUGGCAAUUUUACAAUGUACCGUUCCCCUAGUUUUGGACAUGGCGAUAAUUUCCCCCGCACUCAAGUGUGGAUGCGCCCCCAGAUUGUGCCCUCAGUCACGUCCUCUUCUGUGGGAAGAUCAGCUCCAAGGGUUGAUGAGACUGUGACAUCACAGCAGACAACAGGAAGGGAUCGAGGAGAGGAUACGAAUGGAAUAUCCAAGUCUAACCCUGAUAUCACAACAGAAACAAUGACUCUUUUAAACUUCCUCAAAUCUGACCUGUCAGAGCUCAAAGUGCGGAAAACAAGUGAGGGAGAGAAAUGUGGAAUGGGCUCGCAGAGUCAUGUUGGGCCGUCUGGUCGCCGCCUGUCCUUAAAAGACUUGACAGCUACCCUGCGCCGUGCAAAGUCCUUCACUUAUUCAGGCAAGCCCUCGACAGCCGUUCGGUGUUACCUGACAGGUGGUACCACAAAGAGAAGCUCCUCUGAGCAACAGCUUGACUUGGACAGAGAGAAUAAUGCAGGCAGGGUGUCUGUGUCGGAGAGGGAAGUAGAAAGUGAUGGAGGUGAUUUUAGGGUCGGAAGAGGACAAAAGUUGUUGGAUUAUGGGUACGAUGACGACGACGAGGAAGUGAUGCCUGCUCCAUUGCAGGAAAGAUAUGUGCAGGAAGCCAGGCAGGUUAUUCAGGAUAUCUGCCAGAUGAACACCAAAGAUGAUGAUGACGAUGAUAUUGAUGACGUGACAACAGUGAAUGACGUCCAGAAAACAAAUGAGGAGAAGAGGAAAGGAGCGAGCAUGGAAGGUGAGGCAGAAACAGACCAAGGGGCUGAGUUUAAGACCACAAAGGAAAGCGAUAAACACGAGCGGGAGAGAGAGAAUGGGGAGAGGGAAAAGAGCGAGAGGGAUGAACAAAGUAUGCAGCUUGAAAAGAUAAACAGUAGAGACACAGACUACCAGGAGAAGGUGAAGAGACAGAACAGAGAGACCGCCAGGGCAUUGCAGAAGGGGGACUCGGAGGAAAGCGUCUUCUAUGACCGUUCUUUGGAUGAACUUUCAGGCCACGAGUCUAGUUUAACAGAUGAGGGGAUUGUAACAGAACCAGAGAUUGGCCCCAGUAACCCCUCUGAGAGGGUUUUCUUGGGGUCAGGAGGGGUUAAUUUGGGGUCAUGCAUUGCUAGGGAUGUACUAGGGCAGCCUGUUACCAUAUGGAAACAAUCCGCACUGCACAAGGAGGAAGGGUUUAAGAAAGAAAGUGAGGAAAUGAUGGAGAACAAUACGGGUUGUUCAAAUCAUCUGAAUGAAGUCUGCAUACCUCACUCGUCCUGUUUGGAUUUGGAAGAGAGUGACGAUGCCAUCAUUACGGACUUGGAUGCUAUCAAAACUACCAAUGAGGCCACCAAUGCUGGUAACGUAGGAGGACUCGAAGCACCUGCAACCCCUAGCGCCAUCCGUCGAAGGCGCAAGUUCUCCCCUUCUGGCAACAUUAACACAGCCUCAGAGGUUAGUAAUGGUAACACAGACUCAAUAGCAGCUGAUGUAAAUGUGGAGUCCACUGUUUAUCGCUCCCUUAGUGAUCCUAUGCCUCAUAGAAGCUCCUCUGUGGCAGAAGAGGACAUUUUUUCCUCUGUUGACAGCAACCUUUUAGGCUCUCUUGCUGUCAGAGGAGGGCCACCGGAGUCGCCGGUUAUGCCCACUUUAGCAGAAUGCAAAGGGAGUGUGGCAAGCGACUUGUCCGUAUACAGCGAUGGAGGACUCCGGGAUGAUGUAGUUGGCGACUAUAGUGGCGUGAUCAGAAGCAUUGUCGCCGAGCCAGGAGCUAUGGACAGACUGACAGAUGAUCACAAUAAUGGUAAAGCUCCCAAGAAGAAAUCGUUUAGUGACCCCAGUCGCCGUAGUGAUGCAUCUCUACUUUCCCACAAUGACUGUCAGUCCAGCAGCACUGAGCCAAUCAAUGAACUGGAUCAGACAGGCCUGAUCCCACCUUCCAGCAGUGAGCCCAUUCUGAGCAAGCAAAUAGAAAAAGCAUGGAAGGAGGAGGGGCAACAUAAACAGGAAGCUGUGACACAAUCACAUGAUUGUCACCAUGGAGACAGCAGUGUUGGCAUCAAAAAGGCUCGUUGUCAAUCCGACAAUCCUGACUGUGAAGAUGAUGUCAUAGAUCAAAGUAGACAAAAGAAAGCAGAGGAAACUAGGAGGUUUAAUUUUGACCUCAAGAUCGCCGAAGCGUUAUCUCCUCGAAUGGUUCGGCGUUCCCCGAGAAAACGUCCAAACAGGCUGGCUCAGUUUUUUUCCCACGAAGACCCCUUAGAGCCCCCAGAACUAGAGGAGCAAGAGGGUCACAAUAAUGCAUUUGAACUCACCCCUCCUCUUCUUGCGUCCAAGCCCAAGAGCAGACCUAAGCAUGUACGCCAUGCCAGCGAGCCAGCAACUUUCAUACCCAUCUCGCCACCACCACGACCACAGCCUCUCUCGGGCCAAGCCACUUUGCUAGCCUUGAGGAAGGCCCCUGUGGGUGAGACCCCAUCUCUGGAGGAUGUGACCCAGAAAUACAUACUAGACAUCAGGACUUCUGAGAGAGUCACAGACUGUCCAGGGCCUCUUCCUCAGACUAGGGAUGGGGCUGAAGAUUCGGUGUCUUCACCCAGCGCAACCUGCACCAGUCCAAUUACAGGAGCUGUACCACAAACUGGUUUGGACCAUGGACCAUCUGUACCAGCCCCACAGAGGACCAAGCCGAGAGUGGACAUGAGGAAACAUGUCAUGAUGACACUGCUGGACACCGAGAGAUCCUACGUGGAGUCGCUGCGCACUCUCAUCCAGGGCUACAUGCGUCCUCUCAAACAGCCAGACGGCGGCUCCAUUGUGGACCCGCUGCUGGUGGACGAGAUGUUCUACCAGAUCCCAGAGAUACUAGAGCACCACGAGGACUUCCUGGAGCAGGUGGACGGCUGCGUCAACCAGUGGCACGACCGGCAGACCGUAGGACACAUCCUCAUUCAAUCGUUCUCGAAAGAGACUCUUGCUAAUAUGUACUCUGCCUACAUUGACAACUUUCUCAAUGCCAAAGAUGCUGUUAGGAUGGCUAAGGAGGCCAAGCCGGCCUUUCACAAGUUUCUGGAGCAAAACAUGCGUGAGAACAAAGAGAAGCAGGCUCUUGGCGACCUGAUGAUCAAGCCGGUCCAGAGGAUCCCUCGAUAUGAGCUGCUGGUCAAGGAUCUGCUGAAGCACACCCCAGAAGACCACCCGGACCACUCCUUCCUACUGGACGCCCAAAGAGACAUCAAGCGGCUGGCGGAGAAGAUCAAUAAAGGACGUCGCUCAGCUGAGGAGGCGGAGAGGGAGGCCAGGGUCAUCCAGGAGAUCGAGGCACACAUAGAGGGAGUUGAACAUAUUUUGAAUCCCCAAAGGAAGUUCCUCAGACAGGAGAUGGUGAUGGAGGCGAAGUCGGUUGGCGGGAAGAAGGACCGCUCCCUCUUCCUCUUCAGUGAUCUGAUCAUUUGCACUACUCUCAAGAGGAAGUCUGGAUCACUGAGACGCAGCUCCAUGAGCCUAUACUCCGCUGCUAGUGUAAUUGAUACUUCAAGCAAAUACAAGUUUUUGUGGAAGCUUCCUCUGGAAGACGUGGAGGUGGUGAAGAGUUCCACUCAGACAACAAACAAAGAAAACGUCCAGAAAACAAUUAGUCGACUAGAUGAAGAUUUAAGCACAUUGGGUCAAAUCAGCAAACUAUCGGAGACCCUCAGCAGCCCACACCAGCCCCUCGAUGAGGCGAUCAAGGAUCUGAUGGCCUCCGUGCACAGGGAGCUGUCAGAGAAGCAGUCGUUGGCCUUCAGUAUGACCUUCCUGCCCACCAAGCUGGAGUUCACCACCGUGUCGGCCGAGAGCAGCUUCGUCUUCGAGUUCACGUCACCCGACGCUCGCUCCAACUUUGAACAGGCGUUCGAGGAAGCAAAGAAGAAACUGGCUAUGAAUAAGGACCAGUGGGACCCGGAGUUCCUGAAGGCCAUUCCAAUUAUGAAGACACGCAGCGGAAUGCAGUUUUCAUGCGCAUCUCCGAGUCACACUUGCCCUGAGAGUGGUUGUGAAGUGUGGGUGUGUAAUAGCGAUGGUUAUGUUGGACAGGUUUGUCUGUUGAAUAUCAAAGAUGAGCCCACAGUGGAGGCCUGUAUUGCUGUCUGUUCAGCAAGGAUCAUCUGUAUCGCUGCUGUACCUGGACUGAAGGGGAGGGGGCGUGGACCAGAGGCUGCCGCAUCUCCCUUAGCACCUAACCACACCCAGCAGCAGCUGCAUAUUUCCAUCUCGCGUUCCUCGUUAGAGAUGAGCGAGCAUCCCACAGGCCCGGGGGCGGAGCUUGUUCCGUUUGAUAGUGACGACACAGAUGAUGAGGAUUCACCUAGCCCUUCAUCCACUCUGCAGAGUCAGGCCAGUCACUCCACCAUAUCCUCCAGCUACGGCAAUGAAGAUGCUCCGUGCUCCAAGGACUUAGCUACAGAGACCACCAGCAGUGAGGAGGAGCAGGAGUUCUCAGUGACGAGCUCAUAUUCAGCUCCGGGGAUGUUGACAGUCAGCGGAGGAGGCAGAGCCAACACAGAAAGCCCCAUGGACGGCCGCGCCAUGCGCCGCUCUUCUCGGGGUUCCUUCACAAGAGCCAGUCUGGAAGACCUGCUCAGUAUUGACCCAGAGGCUUACCAGAGCUCUGUGUGGCUUGGCACAGAAGAUGGAUGUAUUCACGUGUACCAGUCCUCCGACAACAUUCGCAACCGCAAAAACAGCAUGAAGAUGCAGCAUGCAGCUUCCAUCUUGUGUAUUCUGUAUUUGGACAACAAAGUGUUUGUGUCGUUGGCCAAUGGCGAGGUGAUUGUCUACCAGAGAGAAGCAGGCAGUUUCUGGGACCCUCAGUCUUCUCAAACAUUAGUUUUGGGCACUCCCAGCAGCCCCAUCACCAAAAUGGUUCCGGUAGGAGGAAAACUGUGGUGUGGCUCCCAGAACAAAAUUCUAAUCAUUAACUCAACAAAACUGGUGCAAGAGCACUGUUUCCAGGUGGGGACGGACAGCAGCCGAUGUGUGACAUGCAUGGUGGCGUACGGGCAGGGUGUGUGGUUGGCCCUGCAGGGGAGUGCGCAUGUUAAGCUGUACCACGCUCAAACAUGGGAGAGCCUGACGGAGGUAGAUGUGGCGCCUGCUGUUCACAAGAUGCUUGCAGGUGCAGAUGCAAUCAUCAGGCAGCACAAAGCCGCUUGCCUCAGAAUCACAGCGCUGCUGGCCUGUAAGGAUCUACUGUGGAUAGGAACAAGUGCAGGCGUGGUCCUUACACUGGUGAUCCCAGCAGUGAGUUCUGGAACAGGAGCGUGUGCGCUGAAAAGCCCCCUGGUUCCAAUGGGCUCUGCCCACGGACACACAGGCCAUGUUCGAUUCCUGACGUCUAUCGAGCUACCGGAAGGUUUGGGAAUGAACUUUCCUCCUCCAGCAUUGGACUCCACAGGCAAACAGUCUCAGGGUGGCAACACGGUUGAUGGGAACCUUCAAAGACGUGAUUCGGCUCGUCGCCGGACCUCCGCCCACCUGCUUCCCAAAACCAAUCACCUUGUCAUAUCGGGCGGCGAUGGCUAUGAGGACUUCAGACUGAACAAUAGCGGUGAAACUGUCGGGCGAGAUGACAGCACCAACCAUCUUUUGCUGUGGAGGGUCUGAGGCGGUCAAGCCCAGACCUUUCGUCUUUGCUGCAUACAACCUCCUCGUGUGUUGUUUUGCUCGGUCCACCUGUCUCCAUGUGUAUUUAUGGCUAUCGACACCCUCUUAGACAUAGAAAUGAUACGACUCACUUCAAAUCCAUCCAUUUUGUAGCUGUUUAUUUUGUUUGGCCCCUGAUGGCAGACCUGAUCAGAUCAGUAGCGAUGUCAUCACAUCAUCAGCCAGUGCUUACAGAGACAACCUAAAAUCCAACAUUGAAUGAGCAUGUUGAAGGGAAGGAUCCGAGCACGUUAAACAAGUGCAAUAUGUAGAGAUGAUGUGUUAAUCGCUUUAUGUGCAUACCGCAACCGCCUCUUAGCUGGCAAAUUAGUAGACAUUUACACUUGGAUAUACACAAAUGUGUUUUCCACCAAUAAUCAUCACAUAUCUAGCUUUCCUAUUUAAUGCUUAAAGAUGAUGCACAAACACUCAUGAAGCAAUGUGUCAUUACAGUCAAAAAGUGCAUUACCAUGACUAUGCCAAAGCCUUCUUUCUAUGUAUAGCUUUGGUCGCUCCCGGGAUCUGAAAGGAUUUCUUUUGCCAGUAUCAUCUGCCAAUAAGAUCGUCAGAACAGUGGUUGCUGACUUCUUUAGUUUAGGUAGCAGAUAAAAAUAGUUAUGUACAGUAUUUAUGGUUUUGAGUUCAGCUUUUUUGACAGCACUUAAUUUAUAGAAGAUGUAGCAUUCACUUUUUCUUUUCCAGUUGAGGUACAAGGAGGUCACUCAUUGGAGGUCAUUGCCAGAGCUCAAGCACACGCCACAGGGAAGAACUUCAGAGAAAAAGAAGAUUGUGUUUUAUUUCCACACACUUCCCCAAUCGGAACAUAUUCAACAUGUUAGGGGUGAAAAAGCAAAAAUAAUGUAUUUAUGUUUGUGACAAAAGUGUUAGCUGUAAAUGCAGUCGUCAUCGGAUGUCUGAAAACCACCGUGAGAGGAGCUUUCAUUAACUUCUCCCAGCUGUUAUUUCAAUGUUGGAGUGGGAGUGUGUGACAAAUGUGCGCUAGAUACUGAGUGGGUCAGAAGGACAUGGUUUAAGCACUUGCACGUGCCUUCAGAAGGCUACAGGUUAAGCCAUUUUACACACACACACACACACUCACAGAUGUCAGUGGAAGGACAGGCUUGCACACACCGUCGCCUCAGGAUUUGAGGUUUAGCGCUGAUUGUUUUCGAUCCCCGCAAGCCUAGAAAACGCACCUCAUGAGGCAUCUGUGCUCCUCACCUCAGCUUUAAGUCCAUCCCCACCGGGUGAACUCUCGCUCUGUGAUGGGGAGCUAGUGGUUAAGUAGAUUAACCGUAGUGAUAUCUGCUUGCUAGUUAAUGAGAUAUUUGCCUCGCCUGUUGCACCAGUCAUCCUGCAUGUUUCAUGUCAUGUUUUUGAUGUAUUAAAAGAGGUUUGGCAGCAGCUUUCUUCCGGUAGUUUGCAUGCAAGGACCACAUGCACAAUCGAAUGAGAUUCAAACGAGCUGCAUCAAAGUCUGCCUUUAUAAAGACAGUAAUGCACAGGGAGGUAUUAAUAAAUUUAACGAUGUUUAUUGUAGUCGGAGUGGUGUAGAAACGAACUGCCUACCGCUCAGAUUAUUGUUACCUUGGUUACCACCACAAUAAUAAACAUUGUUAACUGAAUACCUCUCUAAAGCGGAGUGUAAUUAUCUUUGUAAAGACGGAGACACUUUGAAUCUUUUUCAAAAUAUCAAUGUUCUGUGACGUUGAUACGUAUUCUCUGUGCCAAGACCAGUGGAAAUGCUGUAUACUCAAGCCAGAGGAGCCCCCCUCAUGUAUGAUGUGUGUGUUCAGCUAAUGUGACAUUCAUGCAACAACUGUGUGUAGUGCUUUACACUUUUAAGUUGGGCACUUAAAGAGAAAAAAUCAAUCAGUCUUGAUGGUGGGCCAGCAAAUUCCUAACAUAGUUGACAUAGAUUUAUUCAGGAAUUGAAUGUGAUUUUCAAAAGAAUUAUUUGCUGAAAUUAUAUCUUGUUGUAUUUCCCCAGGAAAUUGUUAGUUUAGCUGAUAUUGGAUUUUACUCUGAACCUGAUCUCCACAAUUAUUCGGGAUGGACAAUUACAUCCUUUUCCAGUUCCAUAUUGCAGCUUGUAUUGAACUUCCUCAUGCUUGAUGUGGGCAUCAUCAGUCUUUCUUGUUGUAAAUAUUGGUAUAAAUGGCCUAUUUCUGUAAAUAAUGCACACGUUGUCCUGAAUUGUCGAUAUGAAUCUAAUGGCAUAUUUUUAUAUAUUUCUGUAAGGUUUGCGUUUGUAUUUUUUGGGGUUCUUUUGGUCCGGUAUGCCCUGUCAGUGCCACAUUUAAAUUAUAAGCAUGUCAUGUCUGCGUAAAGAAGACUAGAUGGCCUCCGUUGUGACCAAACGAAACAUCUGUGCUAUUUGUGUCGUCGCUGGCAACAGGUUUGACUGUAAAUUGUGACUGCAGUGUGAUGGAUGCAAGCGGGGAAAAGCAAUGCAGGUGCAGGACUGCCAACUGUUUUUAACUUCUGACAGUUGGACUUCUCAGUCACUACCUGUAUUUACCUGUUCUUGUUAUGUCAUUGUUGGUUGAUACCUGUAAUUAAAUAAGUUCACUG